AUGGCAGAGACAGUUGCUCUCCGCAAACCAGAGCAAGAAGACUAUACACAAGUGAAAUCCUACCGACCUAUGGCACUCCUCAACACGUUAGCCAGCUUCCUUACGGAGAGACAAACCACAAUCAAACUUCGAGAGGCAACUUCAGGAAUCCUAAAUGUUGAAACGGGCAUCCCACAAGGAUCACCAUUAUCGCCCAUUCUCUAUCUGUUCUUUAAUGCAGACCUAAUUGAAAAGUGCUAUAACCCAAGCAACAACACUGGCACACAAGUACAGCAAAACAACCGACAAGGAACGCCCAAUCUGGCUGGACGGCUGAGAAGUGAAGCCAAUAAUAAGCUCAACUGGAACGGCCAUAUCGAACACAUUGAAACCAAGAUGACCAAAUCUCUGGGAGCCCUCAGUAGCCUCGCAGGAUCCACCUGGGGUACAGGAUAUAAAGGACUACGACAAGUUUACCAGGCCACAAUCCUACCACAAAUAAUAUACGCAGCAUCGAUCUGGUACGCCCCAUUGAACUUAGAGGAUAACCAUCGGGAGAAGGCAGUAGGCAAGCUGGAAGCAAUACAAAAGAAAGUAGCUAGGAUUAUCACAGAGGCAUUCAAGACCGUCUCAGGAGCAGCACUCGACAUAGAGGCUUUUCUCCUUCCGAUUUGA